AUGCCAGGCACAGGAUCUUGGAGUGCAGCUUCCCUACCAGCGGAGGAGCAUGCAGUACAUGGUGCAUCUGAUUGUAUCGACACAUCAGCAAUGAUCAUCACUUAUAAGGAGGAGAUUACUGAGGACAACGAUGACACUGAGCUCGCCUAUAGUCCAGAUGAAGGAUGGAGAAACGGGUUAUACCUUUUGGUCAAAUUUGGACGAUUUGUAGAAUCGAACGAAGCAGUCGAAUCUCAUGGAUCGUCAGAUAAGAUUUCGUCAGAUCAUACUUCAUCAGAAAAAGGUUAUCUCAGUGGGUGA